AGAAAAUCUCAAUGGAAGCCAUCACUUCCGGACUGGAACUCUCCUUUUUACAGAAGUGGCUAAAUAGUACUACUGGACCAAAAUAAAUAAUUUAUGCUUUGACACAACACCGCAAACACUCGUCUCUUUAACAUAUUGUUGAAUGCAGUUGUCUUAUGAUAAAUAGCCCAAAAGUUGACGAAGAUGUUAGGACUGGAGCUGUCAGCUGGUGUGGAUGGUGUGGUCGAAAAAAUUGAAAAACUCCCCACAGACUUGUUUGCAGAAACGCUUCAGGCGAUCCUGGUUCAUCUUCAGGAUCAGAACAAGGCAGUAGAUUUGAUUGAAACCUGUAACAAAUUUCAAAGAGCUGGGAUAAACCUUGAUCAGAAAGCUGUUCAAGAUGUUAUAAAACUGCUGUCAUACUAUUUUAGGUUAGCUGCAAAGAGCAAUCUCAGUGCAGAUGUCUUGGUCAGUAAAUUGACUGAAUGCAGCAGUAAAUGGUCCAAACCAAACCUACAGUUGGUGCACCAGUUUUGGACUGAGCAUGGUUCUCUUCUACAUCAGGAGGUCCUGACAAUGGCUAGUAUUGGACAGCUUGUAGAUAUCCAGUGGAAGCUUGGAAUGGCAGUGAGCUCAGAUACCUGCCGAUCCCUCAACUCUUCGUUCAUCUCCGUUUUAAUGAAAAUUGCAGACACAUCAGGGGAGGUAUCAUAUAAAUCCUUUGAGAUGACAGUACAGCAGUUCCAGAACUUCUACAGGCAGUUCAAGGAAAUGGCCUCCGUUUUAGAGACUGUUUAAUAUUUUUCUGCAUGUGAUUUUUUGAGGCAGUGAUUCUGAACCAUUCUGACUUUGACCAAAUAUUUACAUUUAAAUAUUUAACAGUUUUCUUUUCUUUUUUCUUUUUAUUCCUUUAAUACUGUCUGCACUGAAUAAAGACAUCUGAAGACAUGUCCUACUGUUACAGUAGCUAAGGUUUAAAUAUCUGUUUUAUCAUAAUAAAUAAUUGUAUUGUGUUAGAUACCCUGUGGAUCAUCAUCAAUUUCCAUUUGUCAGUAAUAUUGAUCUUCAUAAUUGUCUUCAGUGCCUUUAGGAACAUUAAUUAAUCAUGUUUCCCCCUUUCAAAUUACAAAUAACACUUAUGAGUUGAUGUUCAAGGACAUUAAUUUCUCCUAAUAUUUUUCAAUAAAAGUAUUCACUGAACCAA